AUGAGCUCUAUUCCUCCAGGCGAGCGCAAUAAGAACGCAGCUACGAUUCUACGUCUACUCACCGAGUGUCGCGACAAGAUUUCCGAUGACUGUCCUGAGCCGACACUUAAACUUCCAGACUCAACUAUUCGCGAUUAUGUCAGGAACAUUGAGAACCCUGUAUGCGCCAGCAAGAAGACGGAUCUAGAAGGAUAUCUUCAGACGAUGUCAGCUCUCGUUGCUAGAAUCGAGGAAAUCCGCGAUGACCUUCCGACUGGAUGGCAAGAUUUCUCGAAUUGGCUGCGCGAAUGCACCGCCUACCCAAAGGGCACUACACCUCACGUCUCCACUGGCCGACCACCACUGACGGUCAUCUUUGGCAACUCCGAUACUGGAGCGAAGACCACAGACAAGCCUUUCUCGUUCAACGUAUCUACCAAGCCCACAGAGAAGACCUCGACUGGAAGUUCGUCUGCAUCUUCAUCGUCUCCUAGCCCCACAACCAGGGACGCCUCUCCUGUUCAACUCAGCUUGUUGUCACCUGAGUCCUCCCCGAAGUCUACUCCAGAAAAGACUGGUCCAGUGGAGGAGAGGACUGCGAGAAUCGAGGCCGAAGCCAAGAGGGCCGACGCUGAGGUCAAGCAGAAGCAGUCGCACGACGAGGUUCUUCAACGAAUUACGAGCCUCGAGAAGACCAACCUUUCUACGAAGGCAAUAGCCGACAAGCAGAAGGAACUCGAUGAGCGUGCGGCUUCCCUCUCCAAGCGCGAGGAAGCAGUGGAGGCACUUCAAGCUAAGCUUGAAGCAGACAUCUCAAGGCAAGCGGCCACAGAGAAAGCCUGCACCGCCAAAUCGGGGGAGGUUGACAAGGCUUUCGGCUAG